AUGGGCCUCCAUGCACAAUCUAGGAAUGCUGAUUGUCGGGGUAUUAUCAGGAAUGACACAAGUGGAUUUAUUGCGUCAUUUGCAGCCCCAUUGGGUUUUAUUUCGAAUAACAUACUUGAAUUCCUCACACUUGAGAAAGGUAUUUCCCUAGCAAGGAAAUUAAACUGUGUAUCUCUUGUCAUUGAAAGCGACUCCAAGCAUCUUGUUAAUGCUAUGAGUAGUCAUUGCAGGCCCCUUUGGAGAUUAUGCAUAAUUUUGGUUAAAUGCAUAUAUGUGCUUGUAUCUUUGGAUGACCAUCGAUGGAUAAUCCAACACGCAUAUAAAGAAGUUAAUAUGAUUGCCGACUCCUUAGCCAAAGAAACGGUCUCUAUGAAUGUAGCAACCAUGUGGCGUACCUGUCCUCCAGAAUUUGUUACGCCUUUCAUUUUAUCUAAUGUUGCCAGUGUUUCCUUAACAAGAGUUGUAUGA